AUGCAAACCAUAAAAUGUGUUGUUGUCGGCGAUGGUGCCGUUGGUAAAACCUGUUUAUUAAUUUCAUAUACUACUAGUAAAUUCCCAGCUGAUUAUGUUCCAACCGUGUUUGAUAAUUAUGCAGUCACAGUCAUGAUAGGUGAUGAACCAUUUACUUUGGGAUUAUUUGAUACCGCAGGACAAGAAGAUUACGAUAGAUUAAGACCUUUGUCAUAUCCAUCUACUGAUGUUUUCCUUGUUUGUUUUUCAGUUAUUUCCCCAGCCUCAUUUGAGAAUGUUAAAGAAAAAUGGUUUCCUGAAGUUCACCAUCAUUGUCCAGGUGUUCCUAUAAUUAUUGUUGGUACCCAAACAGAUUUAAGAAAUGAUGAAGUUAUUUUGCAAAGAUUACAUAGACAAAAAUUGUCUCCAAUUACUCAAGAUCAAGGUGAAAAGUUGGCUAAAGAAUUGAGAGCUGUCAAAUAUGUUGAAUGUUCUGCAUUAACUCAAAGAGGAUUGAAAACCGUAUUUGAUGAAGCUAUUGUUGCUGCAUUAGAACCUCCUGUCAUUAAGAAAUCAAAGAAAUGUACUAUCUUGUAA